CCCGGGUCCACGAUACAAACAACGGCGUACGCCCAGAGAGGGUCGUUUUGAAUUUCGAUUAAUUUAUUACGUUAUCAAUUUCGAAUCUUAUCAAAAGAAAUUAUCAACUUUUCAACAAUGAUAAGCGACACGGAUUUCAAAACGUUAGUGUCUGUGAAAAAAAAAUAAUUCCGCCGUACUCGUUGUUGGUUCCUACCGAACUAGUUGAUGUGAAUCUGUUUUAUUAGUUAAACAAACCCGCGUUAAUUACUUUUUUUUUUUUUUUCACGCUAAACAAACAAUUAAAUACAUUACAAACAAAUUAUAACGCGUGUACUUAUCAAAUGUUUUAUUUCAAUAAUGGAAUUAUUUUCAAAUGUUUCUAUUUAAAUAUUUAGGUACUUUAUACAUUUUACACGUUAUUUCUUUUAUUUGUGAAUCACUAAUUGUAAGUGUUUAUCUAUAGACGAAAUACUGACGCACAAUUAACAUGGUAAGAGAUCAUGUGUCAUUGAAUUUUGACACAGUAUCAUUGGCCGGCCCAACGCAAAAGUACAGCUUUAAAAAUUCAUUUCGAAGGGUUAGAUAUUGUUUAAAGAUAAUUAUAAUCAUUAUUAAUUUAUGUGUUCUAAUAUAUUAGACUUUUAACACAUUUGUUAUUUUAUUAAUUUUUUUUGUUUUCUCGCAGAAUUGGAGACAAUUGUCCAAGUUACAAAGGUUAAUUUGUUUUUCGCUCGUCAGUGCGAUAAUAAUUGCAAUACUUCUGUGGCUUAUUAGAUACACCAGACAUUUAAAACAAGGAUUAUUAGAGGCCAAUUCACUAAAGUUACAAAAGCCAACUAUUUUGUUUCAAGACAGUGUAUGUUGAAUAUUGGCACUGUAAAUGACACGAUCUCAGCAUUUAUCUAUUUUUUAUUUUAGGUAUUGAAUUUACCAGAUGGCGUGGAAGCUAUAAAAUUAAACGAUUUUGAUAACGAAGCGCCGUCAGAUCAAAAAGAACAGAUUGCCGCGCCGGCAGUUAACAUUCAUGCAGAUCCGCAGUCCAGUGUCGGCGUUCAGUUUGAGCCAGCAUCAGGUCAUCGACAAGUUGCAGUUCUAAAUGCAUUCAAACAUGCGUGGAACGGAUAUAAAAAAUAUGCCUGGGGACAUGAUCAUGUCAAACCCAUAUCUAGAAAGCACCAAGACUGGUUUAAUUUAGGAUUGACUAUCGUGGAUUCUUUAGACACACUAUGGAUAAUGAAUUUGAAAAAAGGUAUUUAAUAAUGAACAUACAGUAUAUAUUGACCACGUAAAACUGUUUGAGUUACAUGAUUUUACCAAAAAACAAAAACUGUGUUCUAACAUGCUUAUCUUUUAAAUAUACCUAAUUUGGUUAUCAAAAUAAAUAACUUCAGAACUUGACGCAAGUCAAGAUAUAUAGUGAACUAUUUUAUAAUUUUGUUGUAUGUGUUCGGUUUAAAUGUUUAGUUAACAAAGUUUUGAUUUUUUAAGAAAAGUUACAAUAAUGUUAAUACCACAUUUUAACAUUAUUUAGCAGUUAAUUGUUGUUCAAUUUCAUUGAAAACGUACAUUUCUUAGACCAUUUGUGACAUCAGGAUAUAAUUGAAAUUAUUUGAACUUAUUUAUGAUCAAAUUUACAACCAUUUUACAUUUGACAUAUUUAAAAAUUUAAUGAAACAUCUUCUACUCUUCAGAUAAAAUUUUAAAUAAUGUUAUUUUUGAUAUUUUCUUCUUAGCUCUUUAAAAUAAGCGAUACACCCAUUUGCUAUAUCGUUCCACCACAUAUACCAAAAAACUAAUAAACUAUUCAAUUUCACCAUUUUGUUCAGAAUAAUAAUCUAUUAAGAUAUUAGUCUAGUCUAUCAAGUUAAAGAGUCCAAACUUUAUAUUAAAUUUGUAAUAUUUUGAAAGAUACCUAUGUGUUAAAAGUAAUAAUUGAAAUACUCAUUAUUAUAUUGUGAAUACUGGUAAAAAAAAUAAAGAUAAUGCCAUAUCUUAUCUACGAAUUGCUCAACUCAUUCCAUAAAUUAUUUUAAUUAUUAUUAUUAUUAUUUUUUUUUUUUUUAAAUAAUUACCUUUCAAAAUAAAUUACAUAGGUAAACAUAAUUUAUGAUUUAUCUAUUUCAUUAUCUUUUACCAUAGCUUUUAUUGAAGAUAGAGAGUUAAACAACUAAGCAAAUAAUAUAAUAUACAAAGCAACUGAAAUAAAUUAACAAAGUUAAUCUUAUUACUUAUCAAAUAAUAUCUUAGACAAAUAUUUAAUUAAACAAUAAUACAUUUUAACAUAUUUUUCAAAUUUUUGUCUAAUAUUUAUGUACAACCAAUUAUGUACAACUUUUUUGGAUUACUUACAUAUAUACAUUUUAGACAAAUUCAAUAUUUAGACUUAGACAGUCCAUACAUUUUUGAUUUCACAAUAUAAUCUCACAGGCAACUGUGACAUUAAUGCCCUGUCCAUUCAAGUUUACCAUAUUAAUUGUUUAUUUUUUUUUAAUAAAUAGCAUAUUGUAGUAAAACUGCUACAUUUCUCCUUUCAUUUUGUUUUAUUUAUAAGUUCAUAAUAGACAAAAAUGACAUCCACGUCGUAUGUAAAUAGGCAGUCAUGUUCUAAAAUUAAUAAGUAAUUUAAGUUGAUACCUAAUUUUUCUGCUUAUAGAAUUUGAUGAAGCUCGUGAAUGGGUCAGUACAAGCUUUAACCUUGAUCAUUAUAAAGAUGUCAAUCUUUUUGAAACUACUAUUAGAGUGUUGGGUGGAUUUCUGAGUGCUUACCAUCUAUCAGAAGAUUCAUUAUUUCUUGAUAAAGCCGUAAGUAUUAAAAAUUAGAUUGGUUUGUGUUGGCAACAUAGUGGAUUUUUUUUCCAUUAUGUAAUUAGCUAUCUAUCCUUUUAUUACAUUUUAAAAUCUUUUUAAAUAUUAAAUAAUUACUUCUAAAAUUGAGUGUAAACAGAAUUAGUCGAUUUUUAAUGCAAGUAUUAUGAUAUUCAUUUAAUUUUUCAAACUGAUGAAUCAUUUCAUAGGAAAAUAAAAUUCCACAAAUGUGAAUCAUAUGUUUAUGAUAAUAUUUUUAAUUAUUUAAUUUGUUGUAGUUAGAUGUUGGUUCUCGACUAAUGCCAUGUUUUACAAAGUCCUUGUCGCCAAUACCUUAUUCUGAUGUAAAUCUCGUUUCGCAAAUGGCUCAUUCACCCAAAUGGAGUCCGGAUUCAAGCACAGCUGAGGUAUCUACUAUACAAUUAGAAUUCAGAGAUUUAUCGCGAUCAACUGAUCUAAAGAAUUAUGAAGUAAGGAAAUAAUUCAAAACAAAACUGUUGUUAUACAAAUCUAAACUUGGUAUUGGUAAUUUAAUUUUAGAAAGUUGCAUUCAGAGUAUCAGAACAUAUUCAUACACUGGACAAAUUUCAUGGACUCGUGCCUAUUUACAUUAAUCCAAACACUGGCAAAUUCCAUCGGGGGUCUGAAAUUAAAAUUGGUGCUAGGGGUGAUAGUUAUUAUGAAUACCUUUUAAAACAAUGGAUCCAAACUGGAAAAACAAUUGAUUUGUAAUAAUUGUUAGGAAAUAUUAUUAAUUUCAAUAAUUAAACUAACAUAUUUUUUUUAUAGUUUGAAAGAUGACUAUUUGGAAGCUAUUGAUGGUAUAAUAUCACAAUUAGUGCGCACGUCUCCUCAAAGAAAUUUAACUUAUAUAGGAGAAUUGAAGGCAGGAUCACAUAGCUUUCAUCCCAAAAUGGAUCAUUUGGUAUGCUAUUUACCGGGAACAUUAGCACUCGGUGUUCAUUACGGUAUGCCCUCUAGUCAUAUGAGAUUAGCUGAAAAAUUAAUGGAAACAUGUUAUCGCAUGUAUGCUGAUCAACCAACAUUUUUAUCACCAGAAAUUGUAUAUUUUGGCACGAAAGUAAGAUUGAAUUCAAAUUGUAGUUACUAUUUUUUAUUCUUAUCUUCUAAAUUUGUUUAAUUUUACAGGUUGAAGUUAAUCAAGAUAUGUAUGUUAAUAGCAAUGAUGCACACAGUUUACUGAGGCCUGAAUUUGUUGAAAGCCUUUGGUACAUGUACCAAAUAUCAGGAAAUACUACAUACCAAGAUUGGGGUUGGUUGAUAUUUCAAGCAUUUGAACGGCACACAAAAGUUGCUGGUGGUUUUACAUCUAUUGGAAAUGUAUUAGAUCCAGACGAUAUACGUCCUCAGGACAUGACUGAGUCGUUCUUUUUCGCAGAAACUCUAAAAUACCUCUAUUUGUUAAUGUCUAAUGAAAGACAUAUGCUGUCUAUAGAUAAGUAUGUGGUGAAUAGCGAAGGACAUCCUUUACCUAUUAGAAAUCGGUGAUCUCUAAUGUACCUUGUACUUCUUUAUAGUAUUGUUGAAAAAAUGUAUUCUAAUUUAGGACAUUUAUUUAUCUUAAUUGGCUGUGAAUUUUUGUUUUUAUCGGUUUCGUAUACUCGCCCAAUUAUCACACAAGAUUUAAAGUAAAAAGUAUUAAAUAAAUAAAAAAAACUAAGAAACUAUAGAUUUAAAAAUGUGACCUAACUAAACUGCUAUUAAAUAUUAAUUAGUACAAGUCAAUAUUAUCAAGUUCAUUUCUUAAAAUAUUGAAUGCAAUUAAUUUGUGAUCAAAUUAUCUAUACAUUUGUUUUGAAAUGAUUUACUGAUAAUAAUUUACUGAUCUUGACAAUUUGUAAAAGAUUAUUAUAAAUAACUAUUAAGUAAUAAUAUUGUCCAUAAGUAUUGUAUACCUAUUAAAUUAAACACGUGGCAAAAAAUGUAUUAUCAUUCAUGGGUUCCAUCCAAAACCUUGUUAAUAUAAACUAAAUUUUUGUCCCCGGAACAAGGCUUUUUUUAAAAUAAUUUAUACACAAUACCAACAUUAGUAUAAAAAUUCAAUCAAACCCACUGGUUUUUAUAAAACAUAAUUUUGCCAUCAAUGAGUACUCUUAUUGAUAUUAACCUUAAAAGAAUUUUUCGAUUUUGCCAUUUACCAUUUUGCUUUUUUUUUUUUUUAAUUAUUGAAAUUUUCACCUAGACAAUUAUCAAGUUAAUUUCCUAUAAUAUUGAAUUCAUUUUAUAUGUGAUCAAAUUAUCUGUAAAUUCAGAUUGUUUGAAAUGUUUGUUUAGAUAAUAAUUUUGAGACUAAAUAUUGUGAAUGAACUUAGUUUUAAUUAAAUAUUAGUUGUGAAUCGAGUAUUAUUUUAAAAAUUUAUUUAAACAGUAUUACAAAAAAUUAUACGAUGUAUACAAUAACUUUAAUCUUAAUAUUUCGACUUUAUUUUCAAAUAAUUGUGUUAUUCUUAUUAAAUGUACAAAACUUAAAUUUUGGUAGUUUCAAUAGGAAAUCUGAGAAAAAUACAUUAUAAAUAUCUGUUAAUAAUCAAAAAACACAAAAUUAUUUGAGUGAUUAAUUUAUAAAAACUAAAAAUUAAAUAAAUAAAGUAAAGCGUUUAAUUUUUAAACAACAAUCUAUAAUUAUUCCAAUUAUAAUAUUGAUAAAAUUCGAUAACUAUAUUAUGCUUAUAUGUAGAAACCAAAUACAUUAAAUAUCUUAUACAUAGUAAAUAAUUAACAGCAUUUGUAUUUAAAAUUCACAAAGUACUUAUAUUUUGCCACUUUGAUACUUAUUUUUCAAUGAUGGAUAGUGUGAAUUUAUAUUUAAAUUAAUGACAAUGUAUAAUAAUGUUACAGAUUCAUAUAUAAUUUAAAUAAUAAUAAUAUUAAUCACAAUGUCACAAAAAAUGUACAUCUCUUUGUCAACCAAAUCAACAACCACGACUAUGAUAUAAAGUGUUCUGAAUAUAAGUUUAAUAGAAACAUAAAAACAGUAUUAUAAUAGUAAAUGAAACACAACCAAUAAUACUCCGUGUUAAGUUUUAUCUAACAUAUUUAUUAUUAAAAAAUACUGAUACUGACAAAUAUAUUUCUUUUGUUUUGUAUAUUUUAUAUUAAACUGAAGAAAAGCUAAUUUAUUUAUCAGUUGCUCUUUCAUUAUUACACAAAGUGUAUAAUAAAUGUUAAAUUUUAAAUUUAGAGUAGAUUUUUACCAAUCAAUGCACAAUUUAUCUUUAAUUAUAACUUUAAUAUAUUUAUUAUGUAUUCAGUAUUAAAUUUUAUUUUAUUAUUUAACAAUUAUGUAAUUAUGCACUGUUAUUUUUUUAUAGCAAAAUACGAAAGAAAACAAAUCUGUUAAGUAAUAAUUUAAUACAUUUAUGGUUUGUACAUUGUCAUUACAAAUCCAAAUCAAUAUUAAUGUUUUUUUUUUCUUCUAUCAAACAAAAUAUGUUUCAAAUAAAAUGUUAAAAGUAUCCAUG